GCCGGCCCCAUAUGCCAGACCCCUCAACCUCAAUCCAAAAGCCCAGAAAACGGCGUUUUCACAAUAAAUCCCGCCAAGGAUGCGGAAAUUGCAAGCUGCGCCGUGUGAAGUGCGAUGAAACACGUCCUCAAUGCCAAAAAUGCCGCUCCUUCGGUGUCUGGUGCAAUUAUGCCGCUCCCAAUCGGUCGAACCCGCUGGCCCUUGAGGUCGACGCGCCGGCGCCUGUGAGCUCCGAUGGCGUGCGAAAAUUACGGCUGGAUCGUGAUGAUGUGCGCCGGUUGGCGGGCUUUCAGCAGCGGCAGACGGUUUUGACGAUUGUUAAUGUUUUUCAGGAGGAUGUGUUGCGGCUUGCUCUUGUUGUAGGCACUACGUCCGACCUCUCUCUCUCCCCCUCUCUCUAUGACCUAUCCCCACAGAUAGAAAUACCUCCAUGUAUGAAUCCCUACCUAAUGCACACAGUGCUAGCCAUGUCCGCCAUGCACGACCGAUACCUCCAAACCCCAUGUCCAGGAGUUCCAAGCAUUUUCGAGAUCUACCACUCAGCACAAUGCGCCUCGCUCCUAAACCAAAAACUCUCAGAGCCCAUCACCCCCCAAGACCGCGAUCCGCUCUGGAUGGCAGUCACGUUUCUGGGAAUCAUCACCUUCUCCUCGCUGAAUACGAGCCACCCCUCGCACGCGUGGCCGUUGCGCGCUGCCGAUCCCUCCGAUCUGGAGUGGGUGCGCAUGGCUGAGACGAAGAUGGCUGUUAUGCACCUUGCGGAGCCGAGAAGGGGGGAUAGUUUGUUUCGGGCAAUGGUGGAGGAGUACUCCACGAUGUUUGAUCCUGUCUCUUCUUCGGCCGGUGCGAUACCGUACUCGCUGGAGAGGGUGUGUCUGUUGAAUGAGAGUUCGUCCAAGGAGAAUAAUCCUUACUUUACUGCUGUGCGCACACUUGUUCCCCUUCUUGGCAGGAGGGGUAGAGUUACGCGGAGUAUGGUGUUGGCGUUUUCGAGCCAGAUGGAGCCCGUGUUUAAGAUGUUGCUUAAACAGAAGGAUCCUGUUGCGCUGCUGUUGUUGGCAAUGUGGUAUGACAAGGCCGCUCAGAUUAUCUGGUGGGUUCGGCAUCGCGCGAACGUCGAGUGUCGUGCGAUUUGUUUGUAUUUGCAGCGGAAGCAUGGGAAAGAUCGGGAGAUUCUGGAUAUGCUGCCUAUACCGUCAUAA